AUGUCCAACAAGGCCGCAGUGACGUUCGAGAAGCUGAACGAAGCUGGCUUGAACCAGCUCAAGAAUGUGGCCUACACGCAGCGCUCGGAUGCGUUCGAGCAACGGCACUCGGCGCGCAACCUGCGCAACGAGACCCGCAUCGAGACGCACUGGGACACGUACCACAACAACGACCGGCUGUCGGACCGGGUCGCGGAGCUGGACCGGUGGCGGGAGACGGUGCGCAUCAUGCUGGGCCGGGUCGCGGACGAGAUCCAGGCGCUGAAGGAGGAGAAGGCCAACACGGAGCGGGACCUGGACGGGCACAUCACGCCCCUGACGGUGGUGUCCGAGUGCAUCGGGAUGCGGGACUGCCGGCUCGGGUCGGAGCUGACCUACGACGAGGGCGACACGGAGUUGAAGAACGAACUGUGCAUCGUGGAGAACAACCAGCGGCUGCUGCGCGACCAGAACCAGGCCGCCUGGGAGCAGCUGAACCGGCUGCAGGAGGUCCGCUUCAAGCUGGAGCUCGAUCUGACCGAUAAGGACGAGGCGCAGGCCAUCGACGGCCACCAGCUGCAGGUGGACGCGCACUGCGGAGACGUCACGUUCAAGACGGACCCGACGCGCGUUCCCCGGGACUCCUGUACGUACGGCAACUGGCUGGAGUACUGCGAGGAGCUGGUGGCGCUGGCCGAGACCACGCUCUCCGAUUCGUUCUCCAUCCGGGAGUCGCUGUUUGCGACGCGCGAAAAGGCCCGCAACAUUCUGCGCGCCCAGCAGGACCGCACGGCCCACACGCUCCGGAAGCGCAUCUUCGAGACGCAGCGGGCGCGCAACGAGCUCGAGUACCAGCUGGGAAUGAUGAAGAAGGAGAUGGACAAGUGUCUCCGGGAGAUCGAAACCCUCGAGCGGGCUUACGCGGACAAGAUCGAGGCCCUGAAGGUGGUCGAGACGCGGCUCGAGAACCGAGCGCAGCGGCCCGGGAUGGAGUUGUGCGUCGACGAGCCGUACCACGGGCUGUGCGACGAGGUGCAGCGGCUGCAGGAUACGGUCAAAAUUGUGCGUGAAAAAAUUGACGCCACCAAGACGUCGUACAACGGGCUGCGGGAUCACGCGAACCGGAUCGACCAGGACCUGCAGAACAAGCAGCACUCGCUGAUGACCGACAUCCGGGCGCUGGAUCUGCGCGGCCGCCUCAAGACGGGCGAGUUUGGCGGGCUGCCGACGCAAACCGAUCGUAACAUCGCGUUGUCGCGCAUCGAGGACGAAAUUCCCAAAACGUAG